AUGGUUGGAUUUGCUUUUGGUGAGGUGUUGUUGCAAGGACAGCUCAUACCGCCCGCCCUACCCUACCUGCUCCGCGCUGUUGCUCUGCACGCGCGGUUGCCCGCGCCCUCGUGCGCUCUACCCUACCUGCUCCGCGCUGUUGCUCUGCACGCGCGGGCUCGUGCGCUCUACCCUACCUGCUCCGCGCUGUUGCUCUGCACGCGCGGUUGCCCGCGCCCUCGUGCGCUCUACCCUACCUGCUCCGCGCUGUUGCUCUGCACGCGCGGUUGCCCGCGCCCUCGUGCGCUCUACCCUACCUGCUCCGCGCUGUUGCUCUGCACGCGCGGUUGCCCGCGCCCUCGUGCGCUCUACCCUACCUGCUCCGCGCUGUUGCUCUGCACGCGCGGUUGCCCGCGCCCUCGUGCGCUCUACCCUACCUGCUCCGCGCUGUUGCUCUGCACGCGCGGUUGCCCGCGCCCUCGUGCGCUCUACCCUACCUGCUCCGCGCUGUUGCUCUGCACGCGCGGUUGCCCGCGCCCUCGUGCGCUCUACCCUACCUGCUCCGCGCUGUUGCUCUGCACGCGCGGUUGCCCGCGCCCUCGUGCGCUCUACCCUACCUGCUCCGCGCUGUUGCUCUGCACGCGCGGUUGCCCGCGCCCUCGUGCGCUCUACCCUACCUGCUCCGCGCUGUUGCUCUGCACGCGCGGUUGCCCGCGCCCUCGUGCGCUCUACCCUACCUGCUCCGCGCUGUUGCUCUGCACGCGCGGUUGCCCGCGCCCUCGUGCGCUCUACCCUACCUGCUCCGCGCUGUUGCUCUGCACGCGCGGUUGCCCGCGCCCUCGUGCGCUCUACCCUACCUGCUCCGCGCUGUUGCUCUGCACGCGCGGUUGCCCGCGCCCUCGUGCGCUCUACCCUACCUGCUCCGCGCUGUUGCUCUGCACGCGCGGUUGCCCGCGCCCUCGUGCGCUCUACCCUACCUGCUCCGCGCUGUUGCUCUGCACGCGCGGUUGCCCGCGCCCUCGUGCGCUCUACCCUACCUGCUCCGCGCUGUUGCUCUGCACGCGCGGCUACUAA